AUGACGAGUAUUUCCACCAUUCUCCAGCAACAGCAGCAACAUCAUCAGCAACCAUCUCACUACCGGUCGCAUCUGCACAAUGGCGGUGGUCACAAUAGUCGCAGUAGUAGUGAAGUUAGUAGUGGGGGUGAGUCGCCACCGCAAUUAACUGGAUCGGACGCGCUGAACAUGACGAUGGCGGCAACAACCGCGGCAGCAACAUUGCCACUCAAGCAUCAUCACCACCACCAACAACAACAAACAAGUAUACCAGUCAACUCCUCAUUAUCAAAUGCCAAUGCAAUGUACAACACGCAACAACAGCACUCCACUACACAGCAACAAUCGAGCCAGCAACACCAACAACACCACCAUCACAAUCACCACCAGCAGCCGAACGACCACAUUAAGCGGCCAAUGAACGCAUUCAUGGUCUGGUCACGCGGACAGCGACGCAAAAUGGCACAGGAUAAUCCAAAAAUGCACAAUUCAGAAAUUUCGAAACGUUUGGGUGCCGAAUGGAAAUUGCUUUCCGAGGGACAAAAGCGACCAUUCAUCGACGAAGCGAAACGCUUACGAGCGCUACACAUGAAAGAGCAUCCAGACUACAAAUACCGUCCGCGGCGCAAACCAAAGACACUGAAUAAAUCGCCUGUACCCGGAUCUACAGCGAGCGGUUCGCAAAAGGAGUCGCAACAGUCUCAUAUGGGUGCUUCGGCGGCGGCUGCCGCAGCCGCUGCUGCAGCUGUCGCCGUCGCGGCGCAACACCCGCAUCAUGCUCACCAUCAGCAGCAUUCACCCACCAGCCAUCAUCACAUUGUCACUGCGGCCAAGUACGGCUUCGGUGCCACGCCGCUGGAGCUGACGCUAAAUAUGCCAACGCGACAUCUUGCUGGCGCUUUUCCAACAGCAACGGCGCUAACACACUAUCCCCUGGAUCCUACUAUUGCCCUUGAUCUGCAGGCCCGUCUUCAGGCCAUGUACGCCGGUACACUUUAUCAUCCAUGGCGAUAUUUUGGCUGCGCGCCACUCAUUAGCCCCGAAACACCGCCGUCGCCACCCAGCAGCAAUGGCACUGGGAGUCUCACUUCUUCCUACGGCUGUGGCAUAAAAUCAGCUAAAUCUUCACCCACGCUGUCAGUGUCAACGGUAUCACAAGCGCCUCCUAACAUUAUUUGA